AUGAGAACCAUUGAGGAGACACGAAAACGAUGGGACAUCUUGUUCACCGACAAUAAUACGACCUCCGACCUCCGAGCGACCUUGCGAUCCGACCAGGGCGGGAACCUAUGCGACGAUGGGCUGAGAUCAGUUUGCUGGAAGGCAUUUCUGGUUUUCGACGGCCUAGAUCGAAAUGAAUGGGCGGCCAAGCUCGACGAAUCCCGCGACACCUAUGGUGCGCUCCGAGAUCAUUUUCUGAAGUAUAUCAACCACCCGGACGACAUAGACUCGAGUGUCGAUCCGUUGGCAGACGAUGCAGAGUCUCCUUGGCAAACGCUUCGAAAGGAUGAGACGCUGCGCGCCGAAAUUUUACAAGAUGUCGACCGAUGCCUGCAAGAAAAUUUCUUCUUUCAAGAGCCUGCUACAAAGUCUAAGUUGACUGAAGUCUUAUUUGUCUACUCCAAGCUCAAUCCAGAUGUGGGUUAUAGACAAGGAAUGCAUGAACUGCUCGCACCAAUUCUUUGGGCAAUUGACCGGGACUCGGUGAAGCCACAAUCUGGAAAGUCUGAUCCAGCCAACGAUAAGGACCAGGAACUGAUGCUUCAACUUCUUGACCCUCAUUUCGUGGAGCAUGAUUCCUUUACGCUGUUCCUUUCUGUAAUGCAGACAGCUCGCAUCUACUAUGAACACAGUGAGACACGAUCUGCAAAUGGUCAGGCAGAAGUGAUUCCAAUAGUAGAUCGUUGCCAAUAUCUGCACAAAGAGGCUUUGAUGAUUAUUGACCACGAACUCGCGGAACACCUCGAAGCAGUUGAUGUUCUACCUCAGAUUUUCUUGACUCGCUGGAUGCGCCUCCUCUUUGGACGGGAAUUUCCAUUUGAUGAUGUCUUACUCAUGUGGGAUCUCCUAUUUGCUCAUGGACUACGGUCUGAUCUCGUUGAUUUCACCUGCAUAUCUAUGCUUCUCAGAAUCCGCUGGCAAUUGCUCGAGGCAGACUACUCGACUGCAUUGACAUUAUUACUUCGCUACCCUUCACCUCAUCCACAUGAACCGCAAACCUUUGUGCACGACGCAUUGUACUUGGAACAGAAUCCUACCGCCGAACGUGGUAACUUUGUCAUUUCAAAGUACUCCGGUAGACCCCCAGAACCAAAGAGUCGUAGCCAAUCUGGCACAAGACGAAAGGCUUUUCUAUGGGAAGACUUCAAGAGACGAAGCGAAAGCACCUCACCCGCUCAUUCCCCUGCGCAGAACAACUCGAAAAGCCUAGAAGCAAUUUUCCAGGAUGUUUCACAGGGCAUUCAACGCCGGACAGAGGCUUGGGGUGUUGCCAAGGCUGUUCGAGGUGCUGUGACCGAAGCGAGGAAAAACAUGCAGACAAUGCAUUACGAACCAAAUCUCCGAGCUGCCUCUUCAAGACCCGGUACAGCCGCGUCAGCUUCUGAGGCUCAACCAUCAGCGCUUACAAUACCUGCGGCCACGGCUGCGCUGGAAUCGAAGAUUGACAGUCUCGAAGAAAGGAACAAGACAUUGGCAACUGCCCUUCGCGAGGCACUGAGUGAUCUUCACUUACAGCUGAACAAUGUCAAAGACAUUGAUCCCGGAACCAACGAUCUUAUGAAGCAAGCUUUGGCUAAAGCCGUGAGCGUGCAGGUUUGCCUCCAAGAUGCAUCUGUCCCAGUAGAGUCCAUCGAGCAACCACCGCGUGUAGACAAUGAAGCAAUUAGCCAGCAUGAGCUUCAAAAGACAACCGAUCUGAAAAUGGGCGAAAGAAAGCGCGACAUCCAAACUAGGGUUCAAUCGCAAGCACCAACUUCCGCUAACACGAAUACGGCCGGGUCAAGUGCCGAAAGUGGAACCUCCAAGCCUGUCCGCGUCGCCACGGCAAAUCGGAUAUACACUGACAAGCAAGCUGAGGGCGUGCGGGCAACUACCUCGCGAUCAAAUGUGCGCCCGUCCCUGACAGAUGCAGGGUUCUCAUGGAUGCUUGGUGGCGGCCGGAACCUAUCAGGAUUCGUUAGCUCCACGUCGCCGCCGCCGGAGCAGACACGCCAGCAGGACCAAGCCCAAGCCCGCAGACCCAGCACCUUGUUCGGAUCUGGCGGAGAUGAGAAUUCAGGGACAGACGCCGAAUCGGGUGAAUUGGCUCUACAUAGCCUUCGGGGCUCUCGGGAUCCUCUGUCAGGGGAUGGACCAUUGUGA